GUUCUUGAAUGGAGUUGGUUGGGGUUUUUUACUGGCUUCUUCUACCCCACACCACACCCACCAGAAAUCUUUAGUAGCCAUCACAAAGUGAAUCAAUGAAAUGAGCACAGUUGAUGCAUCAUCGUGUAAAGAGACCAACUGAAGUCGUUGCUGUUGGCCUCAGCUUUAGCCAUGGUGCAGUAAUAAGGAUGGGGAUGAUCAAGAGGGAAAGGGAACAGACCAGCUUCUGUGGAGAAGAAGGAGGAACACAGCCGCUGCUCCUUCCUUCAUCUUCUUCUCAGGAUCAUGAUGUUGAAGGUGGUGAUCGAAAUGUCCCUCUCACUCCAACCUUUCUUCUCAGCAUCUUCGCUGUUGCUUGUGGCAGCUUCUCCACUGGAUGCACUAUAGGAUAUACUUCUCCUGUUGAGUACCAGAUCAUUGAGGAAUUGGGCAUCUCAGUUGGACAGUACACGGUUUCGGGGUCAAUGUUGGUUGUUGGAGGACUGGUGGGUUCUCUAGUUGGUGGGAAGAUUACAGAACAAAUUGGAAGGAAACGUGUAAGGAUUCUUACCCGGAACGGGCACAAGUUUUUUUGGUUUUUGGUUUAUGACAAGGAAUCUGUAACAAGAACUGUUAAUUUUGUGCAGACAAUAUUGGUUCUGGAUGUACUGUUCAUAGUUGGAUGGUUGACUAUUGCAUCUGCAAAGGGUCCUCUACAGCUUGACGUUGGCAUGCUCUUGAUUGGAAUUGCAGCACCCAUCAAUCUUUAUCUGUCCCCCAUGUUUGUUGCAGAGAUCACACCCAGCAACCUAAGGGGAGCAGCUGUCUCAGUCACUCAGCUGAUAAUGUUUUGCAGCGUUGCAUUCGCAUUCACUGUGGGUUCAUUGAUCAGCUGGCGUGCCUUGGCACUAAUAGGUAGCUACAAGCUGGCUAAAAUGGGUAAGGAAAAGGAGUUUGAAGCUGCAUUGCUGCAGCUUAGAGGAGGAAAUGCUGAUAUCUCUUGGGAAGUUGAUGAAAUUAAGGUUGGCAAUGGGUUACUGAUGUUUCAGCAAUUUUCAGGGGUGAACGCGUACACAAUGUAUACUGGUGCCAUCUUUGUUUCUGCAGGAAUCCCCAGCACUGCUGGGUUCCUGGCAGUGGCAUCUUUCCAGCAUCAUUACGAAAUGACUUAUCUUUAUGUUUUCCCUACCUUCUUGGUGGCAGAUAUACUCGGGAUCUUUUGCUGUCUGGAAUGGAAUUCCAUGGAUGAUUAUAGCAGAGAUAUUUCCUCUGAACAUCAAAGGCUCUGCAGGGACUAUGUGUUGUCUAUCCUACAAUAUAUCUGCACUCAUGGUUUCAUCCUCUUUCCAAACUUUGCUCCAAUGGAGCCCUCCUGCCAUUUGGUUGAUUACUGGAUGGGGAUGUUCAAGAAGCAGAAGAAGGAAAUGGAAGAGACCAGCUGCUGCGGAGGAGAAGAAGAAGGAAGAACACAGCCUCUGCUCCUUAGUCCUUCAUCUUCUUCUCAGGAUCAUGAUGGUCGAGAUGUCCCUCUCACUCCAACCUUUCUUCUCAGCAUCUUCGCUGUUGCUUGUGGCAGCUUCUCCACUGGGUGCACUAUAGGAUAUACAUCUCCUGCUGAGUACCAGAUCAUAGAGGAAUUGGGUAUCUCAGCUGUAGAGACAAUGUUGGUUCUGGAUGUACUGUUCAUAGUUGGAUGGUUGACAAUUGCAUCUGCAAAGGGUGCUCUACAGCUUGACCUUGGGAUGCUCUUGAUUGGAAUUGCAUCACCCAUCAAUCUUUAUCUGUCCCCUAUUUAUGUUGCAGAGAUCACACCCAGCAACCUAAGGGGAGCAGCUGUCUCAGUGUCUCAGCUGAUAAUGUUUUGCUGCAUUGCAUUCACAUUCGUUGUGGGUUCAUUAAUCAGCUGGCGUGUCUUGGCACUAAUAGGAGCAACUCCAUCUUUAGUGCAGAUGCUUCUUACUAUAUUCUUCAUUCCUGAGUCUCCUCGAUGGUUGGCUAAAACAGGUAAGGAAAAGGAGUUUGAAGCUGCCCUGCAGCAACUUAGAGGAGGAAAUGCUGAUAUAUCUUCGGAAGUUAAUGAAAUCAAGGAAUAUAUGGAAACCAUCCAUAACAUCUCUAAGAACAGCAGCAUCUUGGAUAUGUUCCAAAAACAGUAUGCAAUUCCUUUGAUAGUUGGAAAUGGGUUACUGGUGCUGCAGCAAGUCUCAGGGAUGAACUCAUACGUAAUGUAUACUGAUGCCAUCUUUGUUUCUGCAGGAAUCUCUAGCACUGUUGGGUUCUUGGCAGUGGCAUCUUUCCAGCUUCUAGGAGCAUUUUUGGCAGCUGUAUUGAUGGAUAGAUGUGGCAGAAGACCUCUUUUACUGGCUGGAGUUAUUGGAACAUGCAUUGGGAGCUUGCUUACUGCACUGUCAUUCAUCCUACAGGGCUUUGAGGGAUGGAGUAGAGUGACUCCAAAUUUGGCACUCCUAAGUGUAAUGAUAUUCUUGGGCUCUAUUGCCAUCUGGAAUGGAAUUCCAUGGAUGAUUAUAGCAGAGAUAUUUCCUUUGAACAUCAAAGGUUCAGCAGGGACAAUGUGUUGUCUAUCCUACAACUUAUCUUCACUCAUGGUUUCAUCCUCUUUCCAGUCUUUACUCCAAUGGAGCCGUCCAGGUACAUUUUUUAUAUAUGCAGGUGUAAGUGUUGUGGCGAUUGGGUUUAUAACCAAAUUGGUUCCUGAAACUAGAGGGAAAACGCUUGAAGAAAUUCAAUCAUCUUUCACCCGCAAGUGAAUGAAACACUCAUUAUAAAAUAAAAGUGAAUGAACACUCGAAAUUUGAGGAAGAGAUUAUCGUGGUAUGGAUGAGCCACCCACCCUAUGAGGUCACCCAGCUUUUGGUACCCCAAAAUUUUUCUAUUCUUUCAUUGUCCCCUCGCCAUUAAGCUUUGGAUUCUCGUGGGAUUAAGUGAAUUGCUUGUUUUCGUCCCAGCUGUGAACUUUAGUUUCUGGUGGCGACAUGCUAUGCUUGAUUGAUAACUUCAAAACCCACAUUAUCCCGU